AUGGAGAAUUACUUCCAGGCCGAGGCCUUCAACCUUGACAAGGUGCUGGAUGAGUUUGAGCAGAAUGAAGAUGAAACCGACUCCCCUCUUCUCUCUGAUGCCAAGUGGACCCAGAUUCUGGCCCCGCCGGCCCACCUGCUCUCGCUGAACCCCGCCCUGGCCCACGCCGACCUCAGCCCCCAGGAAAGCCCGCAGCCGCUGAAGACCCUCCCCGACGCGGACCCCAAAAGACACGUUGGCAGCGAGCCGGCCGAUGUCCACAGCCCGCCCCUGCCGCAGCCCAACAUUGGCAAACUGGUGGGUGCGGAUGAGCGAUUGCCGUCGCCCGUCACGGCCUGCGAGGAGCAGCAAGGGGACGCCUUUGCCGCGUCACGCUUCACCUUUGAGGUGGGCCUAGAGCAAGGGGGGGCUCCCUCUGAGAAGGUUAAUCUGCACGUGGAACCCGUGACAUUGAACGGAGAAGACGCUUUGCUGGACUUAGAGCAGGAAAGACAAAUUGGCGAGCAAGCUGAAAGUCUUGUGAAUGGAGAGGCAAGGAGUGUUUCCUUGACUAAAAUCGUGUUCGAGCAACCUGAGAACGGGAGCCGACUAAAUGUCCAGGAAGAGGAAGAGGAGGAGAGAUUUUCUCCCUCACCCGUGCCCUCUAAAGAAGACUCUGUGACAGAAGAAAAAGAGAUGGAGGAGAGCAAGCAGGAGAUCCUCGAGGGGGUGGCGUCGGGCGGCGUUCGAAGCAAACUGAACAACAGCCGCCUGCAGCCGGUCAGCGUCCCGUACGGCGGGGCGCGACCCAAACAGCCUGUAAGCCUCAAACUCCAAAUACCGCAGCCUGUAGCCGGAAAGGUGCAAAAUCAGCUCAGCAGCGGCAAGAAUAAAAAUCUAGACGGCCGCCGAGGGACACCACCCGAAAUGACGCCCGGCGGGACCGAGGCAACUCCGGCGGCGAACGGCAUCCCGGUCCUCCCCACUUCGCCCAUUGCGUUGUCUUCGGAGAGUCCGGACAAUGACCUCCAGGCGGGACAGCAGCAAGGUUCCCUAAGCGGGAAGUCGCCCAGUGAGCUGGGCGAGGUGCCUCCUGUGUGGGUGCCUGACUCGCAGGCCCCAAUCUGCAUGAAAUGUGACGCCAAGUUCACCUUCACCAAGCGGAGGCACCACUGCAGGGCCUGUGGCAAGGUGUUCUGUGCCACAUGUUGCAGCUUGAGAUACAAACUGGCCUACAUGGACGGGAAGGAGGCUCGCGUCUGCGUCACCUGUCAUUCAACCCUCACCUGCGCUCCGACGUCGUCGGACUCUCCGCUCAUAACGAGCAACAACCAGAGUCCCAAUCCUAACAACCCGGCGGAGUACUGCUCCACCAUCCCGCCCUUGCAGCAGGCUCAGGCUUCGGGCGUGCUCGGUUCGCCUCCGCCCACCGUCAUGGUGCCUGUGGGCGUCCUCAAGCCGUCAGGCAAUGAGGGAUCCGUCACACGGGAUCAGAGGAGGGUUUGGUUCGCCGACGGCGUCCUACCUAACGGUGACGAGGCAGAAUCCCCUAAAGCUCCCGCAACUUCUAACGUCUCGUCGCAUACGAGCAAGACCUCUGGAUCGGAACCGGUAGAGCCGGCGCCUGCCCCCGCGGGCCCUCAGGGCAGCCCCGUGGGCAGUGCCCUCAGCCUGAUCCCGGAGGACGGGCUCCCUCCCAUACUCAUCUCCACCGGAGUCAAAGGAGGUACGGGAGGCCACAUCACAGACUAUGCAGUGGAGGAGCGACCGUCAGCGGUGGUCCUCAUGCAGCAGCUGGAAGAAGGAGGCCCUGACCCGUUGGUCUUCGUCCUUAACGCCAACCUCCUCGCCAUGGUCAAGCUAGUCAACUACGUCAACAGGAAGUGCUGGUACGUCACAACGAAAGGAAUGCAUGCCGUCGGCCAGUCCGAGGUAGUGAUUCUGCUUCAGUGUCUGCCCGAUGAGAAGACCAUCCCAAAGGACCUCUUCACACACUUUGUGCAGCUCUACCAGGAAGCUCUCAGUGGCAACGUGUUAAGCCACUUGAGCCACUCCUUCUUCACGCAAAGCUUCCUGGGUAGCAAGGAGCACGGCGGCUUCCUCUACGUCAGCCCGUCCUUCCAGUCGUUGCAGGAUCUGCUGCUGCCCAACCCACCCUUCCUCUUUGGCGUUCUCAUCCAGAAGUGGGAGACGCCGUGGGCCAAGGUCUUCCCCAUCCGCCUCAUGCUGCGGCUGGGCGCCGAAUACAGAUUUUACCCGUGCCCGCUCUUCAGCGUGCGAUUCCGGAAGCCGCUUUUUGGCGAGACCGGUCACACCAUCAUGAAUCUGCUGGCGGACUUCCGCAACUACCAGUAUGCGUUGCCGGUGGUGAAAGGUUUGGUGGUGGACAUGGAGGUGAAGAAGACAAGCAUAAAAAUCCCCAGUAACCGCUACAAUGAGCUGAUGAAAGCCAUGAACAAGUCCAACGAGCACGUGUUGGCCAUGGGCGCGUGCUUCAACGAGCGCGCCGACUCGCACUUGGUGUGCGUGCAGAAUGACGACGGCAACUACCAGACGCAGGCCAUCAGCAUCCAUCACCAGCCGCGCAAAGUUACGGGGGCUUGUUUCUUCGUGUUCAGCGGUGCGCUCAAGGCUUCGUCGGGCUUCUUGGCCAAAACCAGCAUUGUGGAAGACGGCGUGAUGAUCCAGAUCACGGCCGAGACCAUGGACGCUCUACGGCAAGCGCUGCGGGACAUGAAGGACUUUACCAUCACGUGCGGGAAAGCCGAACAGGAAGGGAACCUGGAGACGGUCAACAUCCAGUGGACGGACGACGACCACGACUUCAACAAGGGCGUCAUCAGUCCAAUUGACGGUAAAUCCAUGGAAUCUAUUGGUAGUGUGAAAAUCUUCCACGGCUCUGAGUUCAAAGCUAACGGCAAAGUGAUCCGCUGGACGGAGGUGUUUUUCCUUCAAAGUGACGACCAGCCCAACGGCUUUGGCGACCCGGCCGACCACAGCCGCCUGACGGAAAACGUCGCGCGGGCCUUCUGCAUGGCGCUGUGUCCGCACCUCAAGCUGCUCAAGGAGGACGGCAUGGCCAAGCUGGGCCUGCGUGUCACGCUGGACUCGGACCAGGUGGGCUACCUAGCAGGCAGCAACGGUCAGCCUCUUCCACCGGCGUACUUAAGCGACCUAGACAGCGCUCUCAUCCCCGUCAUCCACGGCGGCGCCUGCCAGCUGAGCGAAGGCCCGGUCGUCAUGGAGCUGGUCUUCUACAUCCUGGAGAUCAUCUCUUGA